GCCCGGCGUAGCCUAACGCGCACAUAGAAGUGUGUGGGCGCAUCCGGGUGCCAGAAGUAGGAGGCCGCAGUUUUAGGGGUCGUUGAGGGGCUUCGAAAAGGAAACGGUGGCAGCGCCCUCGCUCUGAGCCAGGAGCGCGAGUAUUUGCGCCGCACCGGGUUAAGGCGAGCGUAGCAGCCGAGGCCUCUGCAGCGGAGCCCCCCGGCCCACUGGUUUGGGAAUUCCCAGAAGGAAGCAGACCAUUCUGCCACUUGUUGCCAUGAUGUUGGUCACACGCCUCUCCAGACCCCUGUCACAGCUCCCAGGAAAAGCCCUCAGUGUCUAUGAUAGAGAAAAUGGAACACGACGCACACUGUUGUUUUGCUCAGCCUCCUUUACUCCAACAGGCCGUCGGACUUAUGCCAGUGAGGUGAACCCGGCUGGCAGCAAAGCUGUCCUGGUCACAGGCUGUGACUCUGGAUUUGGGUUCUCCUUGGCCAAGCAUCUACAUUCAAAAGGCUUCCUUGUGUUUGCUGGCUGCUUGAUGAAGGACAAAGGGGAUGGUGGAGUCAAGGAGCUGGACAGCUUGAACAGUGACCGACUGAGAACCAUCCAACUCAAUGUCUGCAACAACGAGGAGGUGGAGAAAGCAGUAGCCAUGGUCCAGUCAAGCCUGAAGGAGCCUGAGAAAGGAAUGUGGGGCCUGGUUAACAAUGCGGGCAUCUCGACAUUUGGGGAGGUAGAGUUCACCAGCAUGGAGACCUACAAGGAGGUGGCAGAAGUGAACCUCUGGGGCACAGUGCGGACAACGAAAUCCUUCCUCCCCCUCCUCCGAAGAGCCAAAGGCCGUGUCAUCAACAUCAGCAGCAUGCUGGGCCGCAUGGCUAACCCUGCCCGCUCCCCGUACUGCAUCACCAAGUUUGGGGUAGAAGCUUUCUCUGACUGCCUGCGCUACGAGAUGUUCCCACUGGGCGUGAAGGUCAGUGUGGUGGAGCCCGGCAAUUUCAUUGCUGCCACCAGCCUCUACAGCCCUGAGCGCAUCCAAGCCAUUGCCAAGAAGAUGUGGGAUGAGCUGCCUGAGGUCGUGCGCAAGGACUACGGCAAGAAGUACUUUGAUGAGAAGAUCGCCAAGAUGGAGACCUAUUGCAACAGCGGCUCCACAGACACGACCUCCGUCAUCGAUGCUGUCACGCAUGCCCUGACAGCUGCUACCCCCUACACCCGCUACCACCCCAUGGACUACUACUGGUGGCUGCGGAUGCAGAUCAUGACCCACUUGCCUGGAGCAGUGAGCGACAUGAUCUACAUACACUGAAGAGUUUCACUGCGGCCUCAGUGGAGGGGCUCUCCCGGGAGAAAGGAGCAUGGGGCAAGUUAACCAUCUGUGGAUCAUCCACUGUCUGAGGAGGACCUAGUUUAGCACUGACCAGCUGUAAUAACUCAGCCUGACUUGUUCAUGUGGUGAAUGGCUAGGGCCUUCACAAAUGGGGCACAGAUGGGGACCCCUAAGCCUCAGGGCAAACAUGGUGCAUAUCUAUCUGGAGUUGAUUUCAUGUAAAGAUUUUGUGGUGAUAUCAGUAUAUUAAAAACAGCUUAAUCAUGGAAUAGAAUCCAAUUCCUU